AAAGUGGGUCCGCCCAGAAAAUUAGGGCACAGCGGUAAGUCAUCGGAUUUGAAACAUUGUAUUAGGCAUUGAGUUCCAUAUCUCAAGUUCUGGGUUAAAUCGGCUGUUUAUUGUUGUAGUCAGUAUGCCUUCCUCUUGAGAUCCAGCUAUAAGAGUCUCCAGUUGAUCAUCUCUUUCAAGCUCUCUCUGCAGCAGGAUUGGAUGUCGUCUUGGACAGUGAGAAAUUGUUGGAAAAGGGGAAAAUUAUUGGGUUGAGCUUGGAAAGGGCAGUAGAGAUCAGAGCCAUACGUAUUCCUGUAUUUGCUAAAGGCUAUGCAUACUGUAGAAUGGCGUCUCAAAGAGGCAGCUGCAAUGUUGAGUUCUCCUGGCUUGAUCUUUCCCCUCCUUUAUCAUGUGGAUCCAAUUCAUUUUAGAUAUCCUGAAAAAGUCUCAAAACCCUAUUACCAUUUAUUUCUCAGGUAUUAUAGCCGUCCAGAUCGAUGCCUAAGAGAAGACAUUGAUGAGUGGAAGCGUGCCCUUCAACAGAUCUGCUCCUGCUCAGGCUGGUUUAUGGAUAUACCUGAAGGCUUCGAAGCUGGGCUAGUGAAGAUGGUGGUGAAUGACCUGAUUAAGGCAUUGGACAGAGUGCCGUUAUCAGUUACCAAGCAUCCGGUGGGAAUGGACAGCCCAAAGAAUGCUCUCAUUCAGAAAUUAAAUCUCAAUUCAAUGGAUGAGGAGGUUAAAGUUGGAAUAUGGGUAUUGGCGGUAUCGGCAAGACUACAAUCACCAAGGCUGUGUAUAAUCAAGAUUAUGUUGAAUUUGAAGCUGCUUCCUUUGUAUCUAAUGUCUGCAGUCACACCACUGCAGCAGAUCCCACAGGCCUUACAAAUUUGCAGAAACAAAUUCUUGAUUAUUUAAGCAAAUAUGACAGUACAAUCCACAGUGUUGAUAAGGGCAUAUCUUUGUUCAGAGAACGUUUGGGAGGAAAACGUGUGCUGCUUAUUUUGGAUGAUGUGGAUGCUGUUGAACAAUUGAAUGCUUUGGUUGGGGAUUGGUUGGCCUCUUGCAGCAGCAGAGUUAUUAUAACUUCUAGAGACAAACACAUUCUCAAUGUUGCUCAUGUUUCAUACGAAUGCAUCCAUGAGAUGAGUGGAUUGGAGAUAAAUGAAGGUCUCCAGUUAUUUAAUUGGCACACUUUCCUCAAUGCAUCUCAAAGUCCGAGUUACAAAGAUUUGUCUACAAGAAUAGUGGAAGCUUGUCAGGGGCAUCCUCUUUCAUUGGAAGUGAUUGGAUUCUCCAUGUAUGAUAAACAGAAUGAUCCAGGUUGCUGGACGGGAGUUCUUUGCAACACAAUCCUUAAGGGAGAUAUUUGCAGAAAUCUUUACAUCAGUUAUGGUGCUUUUAGUGAUGAGGGACACAAAUUAUUUAUGAAUAUUACUUGCUUCUUUGUUAGAGAAAAGAAAACAUGCACUAUCAUUUUCUGGAAAUCCUUGUACAAGAUGGUAAACACUGCUGUAUAUAAUCUUUCGAUGAAGUUAUUGAUAAAGAUUGAUGAUAAAGGAGUAUUGCUGAAAGAGAAAAAGAGUGUACUCGGCUAUGGGAGGCUGCUCAUUUAAGCACCAUAUCCAAGAACAUCAAUUUCUCUUGCUUUCACUCAAGGCAAUUCACAAAGGCUUGAAAUGCUGUAUAGACCGGUCUUCGCUAUCGUCUUUUGCAGAAUUUGACCAUUCAAGAUGUGACAAAACAUACACUAUGUAUGCUUACUACAAGUUUGAUAUGGGUGGGACUGGAAAAUUGUAAAAGCUUAUAUUACCUCCCUGAUUCCAUUGGCAACCUGUCACAGCUGCAGCUCUUGAACUUGGAAGGAUGUAGAAACUUAAAUAUCCUUCCUAAUUCCAUUGGCAACCUAUCACAGCUUCAACUCUUGAGCUUGAGAGCGUGUGAAUUUUUCAAUAGCAUCCCUAAUUCUAUUGAAAACCUGUCACAGCUGCAACACUUGGACAUAAACAGUCUAUAUAAUUAAUUUAAUUUAAAUAACCUUCCUGAUACCAUUGGCAACCUGUCACAGCUGCAACACUUGGACAUAUAUUGUUGUAAAAUAACCUCCCUGAUUCCAUUGGCAACUUGUCGCAGUUGAAGCAUCUGGAUAUAGGCCGGUGUAUAGGUUCAGAUAACCUCCUUGAUCAUAUUGGCAAUCUGUUGCCAACUGCAGUACUUGGACUAUAUAACCUCCCCAAUUCCAUUGGCAACCUGUCACAGCUGUAACACCUGAACAUAAAGUUGUGUAGAUGUUUAAGUAUGCUCCCUGAUUCUGUUGGCAACUUGUCACAGCUGUAGCAUUUGAACAUAAGACAAUGUAUAAGUUUAAACAACCUCCCUGCUUCCAGAGGCAACUUUUCACAGCUGCAGCAUUUGGUCUUGAGAUGGUGUGAAAGGUUAAAUAGCCUCCCGAAUUCCAUUGCUAACCUGCCACAACCAUUGCACUCGAAUGGUGUAGAUUGUCAAUGACAUAAUUAAAAUUAUCACUUCUGAGAAUUGAAUAUUUACUUUCAAUUGUACCUUUUUAAUUGUAUGAAUAUUUUUCUUUCUAUAUCAAUUAUAGAAAAACUUAUUUUC